GCGACGAGUUAUGUGACGUCAUCAGCAGCAGACGCGGACUCGGCGGCUGUGUUUGUGAGGAGAAGAGCCGGAGAGGACAGCUGAUCAUCAUCCAUGGCGUCUCCGCUCAAAGUGUGUAUAGUCGGCUCCGGAAACUGGGGCUCUGCCAUCGCCAGGAUCAUUGGAGAUAAUGCCAAGUCACUGCAGCGUUUUGCCACCACAGUGAAGAUGUGGGUGUUUGAAGAAAACAUUGAUGGCAGGAAGCUCACUGACAUCAUCAACACGGAGCAUGAAAACACCAAGUACCUUCCUGGAUAUAAACUGCCAGAGAAUGUGGUGGCCGUCCCGAAGCUCUGUGAUGCUGCGGAGGGAGCUGACCUGCUGGUGUUUGUGGUCCCUCACCAGUUCAUCAGGAAGCUCUGUGACGAGAUGGUUGGCUGCGUCUCCACCAGAGCUCGAGGAAUCACACUCAUCAAGGGCAUAGAUGAAGGCCCUGAGGGUCUGAAGCUGAUCUCCGACAUCAUUCGAGAGAAGAUGGAGAUUGAUGUCAGUGUCCUCAUGGGAGCAAACAUCGCCAACGAAGUAGCAGCUGAGAAAUUCUGUGAAACCACAAUCGGCAGUAAGAUCCUGGAGAACGGCCUGCUGUUCAAAGAGUUGCUGCAGACUCCAAACUUCAGGAUCACGGUGGUGGAUGAUGCUGAUACAGUGGAGCUGUGUGGAGCACUGAAGAACAUCGUCGCAGUGGGUGCAGGCUUCUGCGAUGGGUUGCGGUGCGGUGACAACACCAAGGCCGCUGUGAUUCGUCUGGGGCUGAUGGAGAUGAUCGCCUUCGCUAAACUCUUCUCCAAGAACGGCUCCGUUUCUACGGCAACUUUCCUAGAGAGCUGCGGCGUGGCCGACCUCAUCACUACGUGCUAUGGCGGCCGCAACCGGCGAGUGGCAGAGGCCUUUGCUAAAACAGGAAAGAGCAUUGAGGAGCUGGAGCAGGAGAUGUUGAAUGGUCAGAAGCUCCAGGGUCCUGCCACCUCAGCUGAGGUUUAUCACAUCCUCAAACAGAAGAACCUGGUCGACAAGUUCCCUCUCUUCACAGCAGUCUAUCAGAUCUGUUUUGAGGGGAGGCCGGUCCUAGAGAUGAUCUCCUGCCUGCAGAGCCACCCAGAGCACAUGUGACCACCGGGUGGGUUUCACAAGGGGCUGUCGAACAGAUCCAUUCAACGUGUUUGCACCGAGAUCAGUUCAGCAUGUCUCACAGUGUCUCAGCAUGUGAAAGAUAAAGUCCAUCAUCAAUUUAAGUAAAACUAAUAUAGACCAAAGGAAACCAAAAAACAGAGUUGCCAGAUUCCCAACAGUAUUUUAACUCAGUCUCAAAAUGCAGGGAAACAGGUCUGCUAGACACGACCUCCUCCUAGUUUACACAGAAAUGAGGACAAAUUAAAAAGCAAAGCAUACUCCUUACACAAACAACGCAAACAGAUAGUUACAAUGAUUUACAACUGAUUCCCAUUAGCACUCAAGCCAGUUAAACUGAUGAAGUGUCUAUAUCAAUUAGAGUUUUGAACAGGGCUUUUUUUAAAAACAUUCCUGGGAUCAGCUGUGUAUUGUUCUGUGUUAUCUGAUGUGCUGUAGAAUCACUAUACACCUGCCUCUGCCUUUUUCUGGCUGGUGUUAUCACAUAGCCACCAUAGUCCUGGCACGGUGCUCCUUAGACACUAAACACACAAUGUUACAUUCAUUACAUUACAUAUCAUUCAUAUCACACAAGAUGUUUUGACCGUCCUCUUACACAUUUGAACCAACCAGCAGCAUUUUGUAGUGAAAUAGCACAAAUCAUUAAGCCAUUGACAAAUCCAUUUAAAGGUUUAUUACAACACUUUCCUCGUCUCGAGAUUAGUAAUAUGAAAGUAGAGUACUCGCCAUGUUAAAGGAAGAUUCUGGUGUUUUGAUUCAGGACUCAUUACCUCUACCAAGGACAUUAUGUUCAUUGCUGUUUGUCUUAGUUUCUUUUGGCAGAAAAUACUGGACUGAUUUUAUUGAAACUUGAUGGAAGGUUGGGGUAUGGUCCAAGGAAGAACACAUUAACUUUUGGCAGAGGCCAUUUUUGACCUUUAACAUUGUGAGAAAGGAUGUUAGCCUCGGCGGAAGCUUGCGAUCUCUGAAUGUCCUUCUUGUGAUUUAAAUUGCCGUCUAUUUGUUGGUCCGUCUGUUCUUUUGCCGGAUUAUUUUAAAAGUACGAAACUGAUUUCCAUUAAAUUUAGUGGAGGAGUGGGGCAUGACCAAAGAAAGAAGCCAUCAAACUAAGAAGACUUUCUCACAGGCUGAGAUUAGCAGUUAGCCUUGGUAUAUAUAUAUAUUAUAAUUGUGACCAUAUCAUAGUUUCCUGAAGAGAACAAAUACUACCUAAAUUGUUUUAAAAGAUGUUUGUAAAUGGACUACCUUUUAUAAAGAGUUUUUCUAGUCUUAACGACCUCCCAAAACACUUUACACAACAGGUCAUAUUCACCCAUUUACAAACCCAUUUAUACAACAAGGGCCAGUUCAGACGUCGGUGUCUUAUCCAAGGACAAUUCGGCAUUCAGGUGAAGGAGCCAGGAAUCAAACUACCAACCCUCUAGUUGAUGGAUGAGCAGGUUGACUCCUGUGCCACAGCAGCUGUUUGUGAGCCAGACCCAGAGCAAACACAGAUAUCCGGACACACCGGGAUAAGAUAUUGUCACUCAGUGCUUAGGGAUCAGCUACAGUAACAACAAGCACUUUUACAUAUGACUUGCUGCUCUUUUCGACCAUGGCUGCUACUUACAGACCUUUACACUGCAGUCAUGUCAAAGCAACACGGAUGCAACUAGAAUGCCACGCCAAUUUGAAAACGCUCAAAGAUAUCAGUCCUCUCAAUGUGCCUGAUUUUACUUAUCAAGAUCCAGGUAUUAUUGGAAAAGUAAUGUUUUCUUCCUUGGCACAUCCCCCAACCUUCCACCAAGUUUCAAUGAAAUUGGUUUUGUAGUUUUUUUGUAAGCCUGAAGUCAAACAGGCAAAGGGCAACGGUGGCUGAGGUAAUUAAUAACAUACCACAUUAGGUUUCUGUAGUUUUCCUCAGGUCUGUUUCAGAUCCGAGUUAGUAGAUCCAUAGUUUUUGCCUUUGCGGAUGAGUGACUGCAGCUAGGUCACUGAAAAGAGGUCAACCAUGCCAAGAAACAUGAACAUCCGAUGAUCUCACAGUCUGUAGUCAGAUAGUCUGGAUAUGAAUCAAGUUACUCUAAUAAACCAGUUCUCUUCAGCAGCAAGGAAUGGUGAGCAACAUUUGUAUAAACUCACUUUCUGUGUGUUCUGGUUUGUCUUCAGCUAGACUGAUUGUCUGCUCGUGUUUCUUGACGGGUCGUGCUUCAUUCUAUUGAUGUUCCAGCUAUUAACAUGGUGAGACCAUUAUUAUCACAAGUGAUUUAGUCCAAUACAUUAAUAAACAGUACACAAUCCUUCAAAUGUCACAUGAACUGGUCAGUGUAGCCGUUUUCAGACAUGACCUCUGGAGGAUGUCGGCAGAAUUGGAUCCUGAGUCUACCUGUCACACAUGAACAACAAAGCAGGAGAUUCUCAGCUCAGACGUGUUCACAACAACACAGAAAUCUCCAGAGUGCUCGGGUGAGGGGUGUUGCAGCAGGCAGGGUGUAACGUCUAAAUUCUGCUGCGGAGAUCACAUCACAUCGACACCGGAGUCAGCUCUGAUCACCAAAAGCUCUCUUGACGUAUUCAUCGGCACCACUUUUCAUCCUGAGAUGUUUUUCAUCUGUCGCGUGUUAGUUCUGAAAGCAGCUUAUCUGAUGAUAUUGAUGACAUUUCUUCUCUUCUCUCUUUCGAGGGGAAAUAUAUAAUUGAUGUCCUAAAAUGCACUAUUCUGGUUUUAUAGAUUUUGUGGGCGAUCUAACAAAUUUAUAUCACGAUUAAUCUUUAGCAGGUCCAUGAUCUCCUUUUCUACCCAAUUGCAGAGAUCCAUACAUUUUAGGACAUUUUUUGGUGUAUUAAAGUAUAGCUAAUUGAGGGGACCACAUGUUUUGGUGCAGUACAUUUCAAAAAUGGAAAGAAAGAUUCAGUUCAGACCUUUUGUGUGUUAAAAAAGAUCAUGAUGUGAUGUUUUGGGAAGAUCCUCUACUGUUAGAUAGUGUGGCCAACAGCAAGCGCAGUUUACAGUUUAACAUGAAUGGAGGAAUCACUGUUUUCUUGAACCACACAUCCAAACACUGCACCUCUUCAGAAGUACUCCAUUGUCUCUGGAUUUGAUUGGAUGUACACUUGUCAAAAACCAGAGGACAGACAGCAAGAGAUUCCUCUAUUCAAAUUCACAUUGUGGUUGUUUUUGCUGCUGCACUCUAUAACCAUAUGUUUGUUUAUGUGUGCUUAUUUUUAUAAUAUAGCACCCUUAACCUCUGCUAAGAUAUAUUUCCAUGUUUGUGACCAAAUGUUUGAAAUGGAACCUGUGUGUUUUUACUGUUGUUGGUUUUUCAGAGUUUCACACAUAUCAAUGGAAAGCUGUUGUUGUUUACUUGAGAUGACUAAAAAAUACCAGCUAUGACGUGCCUGUCUGUGGACUCCAGCAUGAUACUGCCUCUGUGCCGUAGUAAGGCACUUAAGUCAUGGUCUGCUCCAGAACAACAGCAAUAGACAAUUCAUUGUGACUUAGGAGGAGAUAAGGAUGGUCACUGUGUUUUCAAUAUUUGUACAACUUUGGUAUUUGUGUUAAUUUGCCUCCGGCCCCUGGCUGUCACCGGCUCGGAGGCAUUUUGUUUUCUGGUUGUCUGUCCAUCCUUCCCAUUCUUGUGAACGCGAUAUCUCAAGAACACCUUUAUGAACAAUUCUUCAAAUUUGGUACAAAGAUUCACUUGUACUCAUGGAUGACCUGAUUAGAAUUUGGUGGUCAAAGGUCAAGGUCACUGUGACCUUUUCAAAACACAUGUUUUGCCUUUUGAAUGUAAUAUCUUAGGAAAACCUCAAGGGAAUUCUUUCAAAUUUGGCACACAUGUUCACUUGGACUCACAGAUGAACUGAUUAGAAUUUGGUUGUCAAAAGACACAGUGAUCUUAUAUGAAUCUGGAAAAAAAACAUAUGUAGACGAAAUUUGCACUGGUUGGCGGAGGUAUACAACCGUAGUACUGUAUUUCUAGUUCUCACUGCCACUCAGGUAAACGCACAGUAUUGCUCAAAAUAUCAAACUGAAUCCUUAAUAUUGUAUAAUAACUGCACAUAAAAAAUACUCUCACAAUAUUCUACUUGAGACAUCAAAUUUUUUAAUUUUAGUGAAGAUAUGACUUAACAAACCUACAGUAUGUUAAUAAUGCCUUUGGGAAGAUCAUCAUUAGCUCUAUGUAAAAUGUGUUGGGUACAUUUCUUGGAGCUGUUUUCUUUAUCUGUUGCCAAGUAGAGCAGUGUCAUUCUGUUAGAGCGCAGUUGUUUUUAUGUUUCCUCACAGAUCCACUGUGGUAGAGAGUCCCGGAUUCUUGCCAUUGAAAGGUUUAUUGAAGUGCUUGUGUGCUGCUCUGUAUUAUAAAGUUGAGGCAGUUAACCCAUCAUAUACCUCUCAAACCAGAGUUUUUGUUUCAAUACAACACAUCAGCUGGCAAUGUGCUGCCUUAGCUAAUUGAAUAAAUUACUUAGUAUUUCUAUUGUUGACCUUUGAACUGUUGUGGCAAAGUGUAAAAUAGUUGCCACUGUGAACUCUGCAAAGUUGUGAAAUCCUGUCCGUGUGUAUUAAAAACUGUUGUUGACUGAGAA